AUGGCAACGACGAUUGACACGGAAGUUCUUGCUGGGUACAUCAGCUUGGGCAACUUAGAAGGGCUGCGGAAGUUUGCGCCGUCGAGUUUCGACUGGAGCCAGCCUCUCGAUCACGAGCAUCAAGUACCAGCACUCGUGCUGGUAAUAAUCCGAGGGCUGACUAAAGACGAACGAACGAAGGCAACUCUCCUGCAGAUUGCAGAAUGGCUUCUGAAAGCUGGGGCAGAUCCAAGCUACAAGAUUCCACAGCAGAACGACCGCGCGUUCAGUAUUUGGAAGAACAACAACAAGCCGGGAACCACGAUCACUGUUGAAUACAAGACGCACUCCGCAGUUUCCUUUGCCUUUGCUUUGCUUCGUCAAAUGCAGGAGGGCAAAGGUGGUGCGAACUGGUCAGACAACACAAAAUAUCUGGAAGCGAUUGUGGCGCUCUUUGCACGGACGGGUGGCAAGAAUCCCAAUAGUGCAGAUGUCACCGUGCCACAAAGUACUUUGGACUUUUGGGAGUCCAUCCGGGAGUUGACCUCCUCACAUAACGUAAUCUUCGAAGCUUCCGAUGGUGAAGUCUCGGCCCACCACCAUGCCCUCGCGGUUGCAUCGCCAGUUCUGAAGGCGAUGCUCACGUCGGCAAUGAAGGAGGGCACGACCAAGCGCAUUCAAGUGAAGGAUUCCUCGUCCUCAGGGGUUUCGCUCUUUCUGGAUGUGUUGUACACUAGUUCCGCUCGCGAGGAACCUGACAACAAGACCACUCUGGUUGCUCUGGACUUGGCGCACCGCUGGCAAGUCCACCGUGUAGUGCAAAUCCUGUGCCCUGCACUGUGCGACAUGAUCGAUGCCAACAGCUUCGCGGAAAUCGCAGAGGCCGCAGCUCUCAUGGGUCUAGAGACGCUGCAGAGAGCAUGUGUUUCUUUCGCUUCCACGAGCGAGCACGUGCAAAGAAGGCUAAAGAAUGGUAGUCUCCCCGCGGCUGUGCGAAAGCUUCUUGGAGAGCCUGAGCACGAAAGUGAUGAGCAGCAAGAGCUGAAGAAGCGUCGGCGAUGGCUUUCCCGCCCCUCAUGA